GUGUGUGUGUGUGUGUGUGUGUGUGUGUGUGUGUGUGUGUGUGUAUGUGUGUGUGUGGAGAGACAUCUCCAGCACGUGAGUAGGAGAUACACCCAUGAAUACCCAGAUUUGGAAGGUACUGCUUCCAUCGUUGUGUGCACAUUUAGACUACUUUAACUGCACCAGGCCUUUUAAGUUUUUCUUUCUUUUCUCUCUCUUGAUAACUGUCUGAUAAAUCUGAGAUUGGUAAAUAUACUUUCUUUAUAAUUUUAUGCAGUAUACGAUCUGUUAUUUCUUGCUUAAUAAUAAUUUUGUAUGGACAGUAUUUACACAACAUUCAUUCCAAUCAAAUUUGAUCAGAACUUCAUUACAUUCCUGUUUGAUUGAACCCCAGGACAUACCAACCCUGGACAUAUUUUGCCUAUGAAAGGUGGCCUUUUCACCGCUGAAUCCCAUGGCUGUUGGCAGAGCCAGCCAACAAGCCGAGUUUGCUUACGAGCCCAGUGAGGGAGCUACACUACUUUCCAGAGACCACCUUUUAGUAUUCAAGGGCAACCUUGCCAUUAUUUUAAAUCUCUAUUUCACCCACAUUCAAAUAUUUCUGCUUAUGACUGCCUGCAUUGUUCCAAUGAAGCCCAAAUUAAGCUUGUAUCUCAUUUUACAUCUAAGUAUGUUGUAGCUUUUGUAAUUUAAUAAUGAAUUCCACUGUAUGUUUAGUGGCGGAGUUUUGUUGAAGAGAAAGUUGAUUUCUCUGUUUGUAACUGGCUGCCCAGUUUUCUCCCGCAGGUAACCAUUUGUAAUAUUAACUUAGUUCUUUUCUUUCCACUGAUACUGCCUGAUAUCAUGGGCACUUGCAACCUACAUUUCACGGUGUUUGUAUGUCCCUUUGUCUAUUUUCUCACUCUUCAGUUGUCUUAUUAGUCCAUCAACAAGAUGGUUUUGUUCAUUGUUUUUCGCCACAACCAUUCCAGCCUGCCCUAUCAGAGAUAGUUCCUUAAUACACAUAUAAUAUUGGAGGAAUUCAACAGGCCAGGCAGCAUCUAUGGAAAAGAGACUGAUGAAGGGCCUGAAGCAUCAACUGCUUACUCAUUUCCAUAGAUGCUGUCUGGCCUGUUGAGUAACUUUUGAGUGUGUUACUUUGAUUUUCAGCGUCUGCAGGUUUUCUCUUGUUGGGGUUCGUUCCAUAGUCACUGUGGAGCAAGUUUCACAGGGACAACAACCCAUGUUGAAGCCUGACCUCAGGCCAUUGUGGAGUUUGCAUGUUCUCCAUGUGAGUUUCCACUGGAUGCUUCUGAUUCCUCCCAUGUCCCGAGGACUUGCAGCUUGACAGGCUAACUGGCAACUGUAAAGUAGGUGGGUGCUAAAGUAUGGUGGGGUUGGGAUGCUUAAUGAGAAUGUGAGCAGAAUUAAAAAUAAGAUUAAUGUAGGAUUAGUGUAAAGAGCUAUUUAAAGGUCACUGCAUACUUGGUAGCUAAUGGGGCCUGUUUGGGUGUUCUGUCUCUCGAUGACUGAUGUUAUGAGUCCCUCUCCCACCCUUUUCCUGUUCUGUUGUAUCUUUGUCAUGAAUAGUUAAAUCUGGUUCUCUUUCUAUAGAUGGUGCUAGACCUACUGAGUUAACAGCUUUUAUCAUUCCCAUUUUAGAUUUCCAGCAUCUGCAGCUUUUUGAGUUUCUUCAGCUGGGUCAGGGGAUGUUUCUCAGGAGCCUUCUGAGGACGAUACUCCCUCAGGAUUUCUCUACUGGAUUCCAGAAGAAGCAUGAAUGUGGGAAUAUUUCUAAAACAGUUCAAAAGAUCUGCACAAGAAAUUGUAGAAGACAUUAGACAUGGAACAGCGAAAGGAUAUGGGUCUGAAGAAUUAACUAAGCUGCUGAAACUAUUGCCAGAAGCUGAAGAGGUGAAACGUCUAAAAAUGUUUCAAGGAGACCAAUGUAAGCUGCCUGAGGCAGAUCUCUUCAUGUUGCUCCUGGUGAGAGUGCCAAGCUACUACCUUCGUUUGGAAAUUAUGAUACUUAAGGAAGAAUUUGAGCCACAAGUAAAAUUGCUUCUGACAUCUGUUUGUACGUUGAUGGAAGCUGCACAAGAACUGCAGAAUUGUAAUGAAUUGCAUACUAUAUUGAGGUUGGUGUUGAAAGCUGGAAACUUCAUGAAUGCAGGAGGAUAUUCAGGAAAUGCUGCAGGAUUUCGCAUUGCUUCGUUAUUGAAACUCGCUGACAUCAAAGCAAAUAAACCUGGCAUGAACCUAAUGCACUUUGUGGCCAUGGAAGCAGGAAAAAAAGACAAAAACCUUCUCUCCUUCCCGGAUAAACUGGAACACAUUGGCGCAGCAGCUAGAUUAUCUGAAGAUGGGUUGACAGAAGAACUGAAUAAACUGGAGGAAAGACUUGAUUCUCUGCGGACAAAUUUGCAUGAAGAUCCAGAGCUUGAAGUUCAGAUGACAUCAUUCCUGCAGACUGCAAAGAAAGAACUGGAAGUGAUAUGGGAAAAAAUUGAAUUGUUCCAGAAGCUGAGAAAGUCCUUGGUAGAAUAUUUCUGUGAAGAUGAAAAGUUUAAGCUGGAGGAAUACUGCAUUGUUCUCAAAAGCUUCUGUGAAAAAUUCCUGAAGGCAAUUCAGGAGAAUACAGAUCGUGAAAUUGCAGAACUGAGAAGGCAACAGAAGGAGCAGAAAAAUGCAGAAAAACGGCACUCUGUAGCCAUUUGUUCAUCAAUCGAGAAUGAACUGGGUCAGGAUGAACUGGAAAGGGCAUUUAUCAGAAACCUAAGACCUCAGAGUAUGAGACGAUGGGAAUGCAAGUCUUUCAAACGUGACACUUUCUCAGAUGCAUAUAGCAUGAAAAAGCCAUCCAGCUCUGGUGAAGUAACACAGGUAGAGCGAGAACGUGACACAAAUAGCAUAGUUAAAGACUACAAUGAUGAAGAACUAGGAAAUCUCAUGAGAAAGGUGACUGAGAAAGUGCUGAAUCAACAGUUGGGACCCUGUGUGAAACAGCCAGUGAAUCCUGUUCCAAAGAAAAGUAUAACAAUUCUAAACCAGGAACCUGAGACAAAGAAAGCAUCAAUCAAAACAGUGCAAGAACCUGAAGUACCACAGCAAGCUCUUCGGCUCGAUAAGGAUUAUUCAAAGGUUAAUUGCAGAACUGUGUGCAGCACUACAACCAAAUUAAAACCUAAUGACAAUUUGUUGACAAAGUCUAAUCCUAGUCACUGUUCAAAAUGGAAGAGAGAGUCUUUGGAGCGAAGUAGAGAAGAAAUCGCAGCUGCAAAGGGGAAGCAAUCAAACCAGUCUUCACCCACUGCUAAAAGGACUUGUGGAGCAGAGACCAGUAUUAAUCAGAAGGUUCAUUCUGUGAAGACAAGAGAACAGAAAGACACAGAGUUAAAUAAAGAUAAUAGGGGAAGUUUGAUUACAAACAGAAAAGGCAAAGUGAGCAACCCUGAUGCCAAUAAGAUCUACCCAACACUAACUCAAGGGCAGAGGGGAAUAACUUUGGGACAUAAAGGACAGGUAGAUGAAAAAUUCUCUCCCAGGCCAACUCUAACACAAAGGAACUUACAAGCUCCAGUACAGAGACAACUGGGCACAUUACCUCGAGGUAUAAAGCAAAUGAGUAGCAUCAAAGAGAAGACAUAUCAGGCAGCUGUAAGAAAUGGGAGAAAAUCUAUCCAAAGUCCAAAGGAAAAAAGUACCUCUUCUCAAUCAACUUCCCCUAUAACCGGUUCCAGAACUGUCCAAAGCCAAUCAGAGACUGCAACUACAGCUCGCAUGAAUCCUCAUGCCAAACAAUCUAUGCUACUCAAGAAACCAAACUCUGAGAAAGUUGUUAUGGUAAAUCACCAAACAGAUUCUCUCACACACAAAGGAGCAAUUCAACAGUGCAGACCUUUGAAAAAGAGUAGACAGCCAGUAUGGCGGUGAUGUGCGCCUAUUGAGGCUUAGAUGGUAAUGCUGUAUCUUGCAGUCAACUGAGCUACUCUGAAUAAUAUUCUUAUUAAGAAUUUUCCUGUUAUUUAAUAAAACAGUUGAGAUAUUUAUCAUAAGGUUUGGUGCAAUGUUGCCUGUAACUGGAUACAAUAAAAAAUAGUGGAAUGGCAAGUCAUAAAAAUGAUUUGUUUUUCAGAAAACAAAAAAAAGGAAAGGCCUAUUUUAGAAACUGCGAACAAGCCAUUAAUUCAGUUCCUUUUACUUUGUGCUGAAACAGGAUUGCAUGAAUAUUUUUUCUGAUCUUGGAAUAACAGAUUGGAUGUUUUUAAAUGAUUUGGCUAACUUCAGCUGGAAGGGAAACCGUAUUUGAGCUGAGAGUGUGGAAGUGACUCUGACUGGCACUUCCUGUUAUUUUCCAAAUUUUUGAUUCCCAAGACUUAUUUCUUGGUCUGAAAGCUUUACAUGUUCAUAAUUCCAAUGUUAAGCGUAACAAAGCAAAAAUGGUGCCAGUAAGUGCUGGAUCAUCACACGCAUUAAGCACUUCAACUUUCAAUAAGAAGUCCCCUUCUAUCUAAUUUUUCUUGGUAAGAAUAUAAAUUUAAAUGUUGACAGAUGAACUUCAAGCAACAUUACAGAUGGACACAAAAAUGAUCAGACAUUCCCCGAUUCUCAUCAAUUCAUACAGAUUUUUAACUGUAGUCUCUAAAUAUUGUUGCUACAAUAUUCAGUUGCAAGCUACAACUACAAGCGGCUAUCACAAGACUGAAAUGAAGGACAAUUUGGCUGUUAAGUCCAGAAGAGCUUUAUGUAAGUGCCAGUUCACCCCACCCACCCUUUCUCCAUAGCCUUGCAAUUUCCUACUUUUCAGAUUCUUGUCUAACUUCCUUUAAACAAGUGUUAUGGACCUGAAACAUUAAUUUUGUUUUCCUUUCCAAAUGCUGUUUGACAUACUGAACACUACCAGUGUUUCUGUUUCCAUAUUUGGUUUUCAGCAACAGUAGUUAUUUUUAUUUUCCUUCUGAAUACUACAAUUGAAACUUCCUCCUGUAGCACUUUAACAUUGCAUACCAGGCAUGACUAUAUCUUUCAACACAUUAAUUUUGAUUCUUUUCUAAUUAUCUUCAUUCAAUGACGCCUGUUCUUGAUGCUUUUCUGAAAACAAAAAAUUCCCCUCUGUCUAAUCUGAAUAUAAGCUUCAUAACUCUCAAUGAACCCUACAUAACAUCCUAUUCUCCAAGACAAACCACUCCAGCUUUCCCAGUCUAUUCACAUAUCUCAUAUCCUGCUUUUUCAUAAAUCUCUUCUAUGCCUUCCAAAAAGCAUUAAAGUUUUCCUUGAUGUGUACCACCCAGAACUGGACAUAUUAUUCCAGUUGUGUCCAGUUAUGUUGGAACCAAUGCUUUAUAACAAUUCACCAUUGCUUCCUUGCUCCUGUACUCUACACCCUCAUGCAUGUAUAUAUAGUCCAUGAUGUUGCAUUUAAUUUUAACCACUUUCUCAAAUUGCGUUUCCAUUUUCAGCAAAUUAUGUGCAGACUCUCCUGUACCCCUUUUUCAAUUAUGCUGUACAUUGCUCUUGUCAUACCUGUAACCAGAUUUAACACUGUUUCCAAAGAAACAGGUGUCACCAAAUGAAAGUAAUUACAAAAGAAUCAAAAUCAUUCUGAGGAAACAUUUCCUCAUGUCUGUUGGAAGCAUUAAAUUUCAUCUGCCACCAUCUUACUCAUUUCAGCAUUCUGGGCAUAUUUCCACCAAGUUUAUGACAAUCUUCUCACAGUUGACAGUGCCAUGAAAUUGUACAUUAUCUGCAAAAAUUAAGAAAUAAGUACAUUACUGGAGAAAAUACUACAAAAAAUAGAUUAAUUUAAAGCUAAAUAUGAUAUUCAUAGAAUACUAUAUACGUUUUAGAAAUGAUAAAUAAGCUUUUCUAUGUUUUCUGAAUUCAAUAAAUUAUUGCUCAUUGCAAAGUUUGACACCAAUAGUAUCAGUUAAUAUAUUGCAUUUGUUCACUUUGUUUUAUAAGUUUUAAGAAUUUAAGGGAAUGUGGUCUUGAAAGUCUGUCAUGUAAUUAACCAUUUUGUGUGUUAUAUGGUGGACUUUUAUUGUUUUACUUAAUACAUUUCAAAGUUUGUGAUUUCAAAUCCUCUUUCUAUACAACACACUAACAUUUAGAGAUGCCUAGAUAAACAUGUCCAAUGCACGUUGACGAAACUUAUUCACAUAUGCAUGAACCAUGCUGAUUGGGCAUCACGUAGAGAAGCAGGUAUUCAUUAUGAAUAUGAAUACUACUUAAACAAGAAUCUUCCUAACCUGGUCUUAGCCCCUGAAAUUGAAUGCCAGAAACUAGUUCCGGGAAGGAACCUUUAUGUUAAAAGCUAACCUACUGUAGGAGGUCUCCAUCAACCCUAAUCUCAAUCACAACUUCCCACACCCAUCAUAGCUCAAACUUUCUUCACUACCUGAUAAUGAGUUUCAUGAUACUCCAUAUCAUGAUUUUCCUUCCCAUUUCAGUUUAUACUCAAACCCCAACCAACCUCUCCCCCAAUCCAUACUGAUCGUCUACCCGCUACGUUCAACUAAAAAUGUUUCUGUAUGUUGGUGGAGCAAGCAGAGGAAAAGCUUUAGAGUACUUUAAACAUGCAAUGCCCUAGCCUAUUUUAGCUUGGGCUUCAUGCAUAAUAGAAUUCCCACUGCCAGUUUCCAGUAUAAAAUGGUGCAUUGGCUUUUCAUGUACUGCAUGUUUUACAUACACUUCACAACGCAGGGAUUUAGUAGUCCUGUAACCAUUGUUAUGCACUAUUGAAUUUAUAAAUAGAAAGUAAGAACAAAAUCCUGCUGAAAUUAAACAGAUAACGUAUGCCCAAGCUAAUUAAAAUGCAGCUUUCAAUCCUUCUGCAAUCAGAAGAAGCUAUUUCAUAGGAAUACUAUAGGUCAGGCAGAGGAGAGAUGGUAGAGUUUGGAUGGGUGAAAGCUGGUUGUAGAUUAUCAGAUUUCUAACAAGGAAAUUUUGGACAUAUACACUCUGGGCUUAGUCAGCAAUUUGUAAUUGUUGCAUUUGCACUUUAUUUAAAAGAAUUUAUAAAAAUGUAUUUAAAAUUAAUGUUUUGUUACUCAAAUUAAAAGUGUAUUUUCAUGAAU